AGAAAAAUGGUGGAUAAAUUGGAAUGGUUGAAUAACGAGUUCGUGCAAAGGGUCCUCCAGUACAACGAGUACGACACCAGCAUCAAUGUAACGAAUUUAUCGACGAAACCGGCAACCACCAAAGGUGACAAUUAUGCCAGCGACAUGUAUAGGGUGACCGUGAAGUACACGCAGAAGGAGGGCAAGACCAGGGUCAAUAAGGAGACGUCGAUCGUGUGCAAGUUCGAGCCGUUGGAGGAGGACGCUCGAAAAGAAGCGAUCAUGUCAAUGGGUAUCUUCGAGAACGAAAUCUUCAUGAUGUCAAAUUCGCUACGAAAGAUGCAACAAAUGUUGGGCAGUCGGCUGGGAGCAAAUGUACUUUACUGUAGAAUGGAACGGCCGAUUUGUUUGAUGUUGGAAGACCUUGCUCGUCUAGGCUUUCGUAUGGCCGAUCGUUUCCGUGGUCUAGAUUUCGAUCACUCCAAGCUAACUCUUCAAAGCUUGGGCAAAUUUCACGCAGCGUCGGUCGCACUGUGCGAGAAGGAACCUAAGCUAAAGACCGUGUACAACAAAGGGAUACUGUACGAAGGAAUGCCGACCGAAUUCAAAUUCUUCUUCGUCUCCGCUAUUAAAGCUCUCGGAGAUGAUUUGGUAAAUUGGCCGCAAGACGUGAAAAGGUACCAGAACAAAGUUAAGAAAUUCGCCGAGAUUGUUUACGACCGUGGUUUGGCGGCAUUGCAACGAAACGACGACGAGUUCAACGUUAUUAAUCACGGUGAUUCCUGGACGAACAAUAUGAUGUAUCGAUACGAUGAGAAUUCAAAGCCUGUCCAACACGUGUUUGUGGAUUACCAAAUGUCUAUCUACUCUUCACCGGCGAUCGACCUGCUCUACUUUUUAAACGCGACCGUACAGAACGAAGUGAAUACCGAGAAUCUGAUCGAGGAAUACAUAAAUACGUUGACGAACACCAUGAAGAGGCUAGGUUGCAAAACGAGACCGCCUACGAUAAAAGAUAUAAAGAAAUACAUGAGGGAACGGAUAGCAUGGGGAUUCGUGGCCGCGGCUACCGUAUUGCCAUUCACCCUGAUGGAUAAAUCCGAGGUGGUGAGUCUGGACGAGCUGAUCAAAAAGAAGACACGUUUGAUUAUCCCGGGACCAGGAAUCCAAUGUAUCGAAAGGUAAUGGCCGAGAGAUUAGCGAAAUUCGACGAAGCAGGCGUGUUCGAUUAAUUCGGUAUGGAUUAAAGCUUGUUUAAAACUAAUUGGAAAGAAUUAAUCGUGCGCGGUACAAUAAUCCUUUCUCGUAAAUGAUACUCGACACUCUCGUGACGAUAUGCACAUGCUACAUCUACGAAAAAAAAAUAUUUAAAUUUAAUCAAUAUAUGUUGAUAUUAAUAAGCAAUAACGUUUUAUCUACUGUCUUGCGAGCUCGUCGAUUAUAUAUUUAUUUUCUUCUCUUUGUAAUUAAAUUUGAUAACUGCGCAUACUCUAGAAAUUAUGUGCUAUAUCUUUUUUCGUGUGUAUCUAUAUCGAAUGAGAGGAAAAGAUGAAACGAGAGAGAGAGAGAGAGAGAGAAAGAGAGAGGUUCAACUAACCGCGCACAAUAAUUUUGAAUAUAUUCAAAUAUUAUAGAGAAUUACACGUAGCGUAACACGUACCGUGAUUAAACGACUAAUUAAAAUAAUUUCGAUUCGCUAACGAGGUUAGAGGUUAUUUACAAUUUAAUCGAAUUUCGAUAUAUACUUAGUUAGAAACUCAUGAAACCAAAGUUCAAUAUCUUUCUACGUAGGCGACGUAGAGACGUAAGAGUCUUUAGAUUUAAUGCUUCCACGUGGUGCGAGCAUUUGUACACUCACUUUUAAGAUUAAUAUAUUUCUCGCCUCUUAACAAACGUCCACCAAUCGAUGGUACAAAUUUAGCAAAUUAUUAUUGUUGUAUAUUAUAGAACCAUUUAUAAUUAACAAGGUAUUAACUCCCAAGAUCCAUGCGAUUGAUAAUCCCUAUUUUUGCUACUUGUAUUUACUAAUUUUCAACGUAAGAAACAAAUUUCUCACGUUGACAAUUGUUUUCACAAGUAUUCCAUUGUUGUAACAUGAAAGGAAAUGAGAGAA